CUUGUCCCUCCAAAAUAAAAAAUGAGAUCAGCACUCCUCUAUAUUUUGAAAGAGGGGCUAGACAAGAAAUGUCCAAACUUACAAAGACAAAACCUUAGUAAAAUAUUCAGAUGUAAAUUACCUGUACACAUCCCCAUUUGCACAUGGUCUAAGGUGGUCCACUCUCCAUUGUCUAGCAAACAGAACUCAACUUCCAUUCAAACAGAAAAAGGAAAACACAUAAAUUUGGAUUUUCAAGAAUUUAAUGAGCAGCCAAAGCUAGCACCAAGUCUUGAUUCUGCUGUGGCUAAGUUUUGUUCUUUGAAAAUGGUGUUUAGAAGAAUUCUUGUGCUGAUGAUGGGGUGUUUAGGAUGUGCUGAUCAGCCAACAGAACCAAAUGAUAAUUUGCAGGAAUCAAAGACAGUAGUAGAUGAAUCUGCUAUUAGUACUACUACUACUUGUAGAGUCAGACUUAGUGAUGGGAGAUUUUUGGCUUAUAGGGAAAGAGGAGUGCCUAAAAACAAGUGCAAAUACAGAAUUAUCAUUGUUCAUGGAUUUGGAAGCUCCAAAGAAAUGAGCUUUAUGGCUUCUGAGGAACUCCUGGAUGUAAUGGAGAUAUACCUUCUGAUAUACGAUAGAGCCGGAUAUGGAGAGAGUGAUCCAAAUCCAAAGCGCUCAGUUAAAAGCGAAGCAUCUGAUAUUGAAGAGUUAGCUGAUCAGUUGCAAUUAGGAUCUAAGUAUUACGUUAUUGGCGUGUCGUUGGGAUGUUACCCCGCUUGGAGCUGCAUCAAACGCAUUCCUCAAAAGCUUGCUGGAGUUGCUCUAGUUGUCCCAUUUGUCAAUUACAAAUGGCGUUCGCUACCUGAUGAUCUAACGAAAGAUGACUACAGGAAACAACUCAGCCGAUUAGCGAUUUGGCUCACGCGUUAUACGCCAGGGCUAUUACAUUGGUGGUUGACUCAAAAACUAUUCCCUUCAGCUACUGCUCUUGAAGGAAAUCCUACAUUUUUUUGUGACAAAGAUCUCGACGUUUUGAAGAAUACACCAGGAUAUCAACUAUUCACUCAGGACGGGCUAAAGAAACGAAGGGUAUUCGACUCCCUUCGUCGUGACUUUAUUGUAGCUUUUAGCAAGUGGGAUUUCGAUCCACUGGAGCUAAGUAACCCGUACGCACAAAACGAAAGCUCUGUUCACAUCUGGCAAGGUUAUGAGGACAAAGUUGUGCCUGUUCAAUUACAAAGAUACGUCGCGCAAAGUCUCCCUUGGAUUCGAUAUCAUGAAGUUCCAGAUGGUGGUCAUUUGCUUGUGUAUGAUACUGUAGUUUGUGAAGCUAUAUUAAAGUCGCUUUUGCUCGGGGAAGAUCCUCCAUUGUACAGGCCAAAGUUAGCUAGCUGACUAUUGAUUCAUUCUUGUACUCAAAGAUGACCCUGUAAGUAAUUUAUUUCUUGAAAUCAGUAAAGUGUGAUUGUUGCAUUUUAUCCA